ACUUGGCUGGAGCAGGAAAAGGCAAAAGGGGAAACGCGAGUGCACGUCUGAAACUUCUUCACUGUCAGUGAAUCCUAAUUCUUAAGACUAACUAAGAAGAAUAAAUCUAUGUAUGAAUGUCGUUUUGAGCACAUCUCCUCUUUCUACUGAUCAAUUCUUCCACCUAGUGGAUAGAUGAUAGUAUUGCAGCUUGUCUCGUCACCUGUUGUGUGUUUUGUGUGCUCCAGAACCUGCGUCCUGUUGGAGUACUGUACGUAAAACACACAAACACUGGAGUGAACACAGCUGCUGAACAUCUCUAUAUUCAUAACUUCUUCCUGUUAUCUCAUAUCUGUCUCCCUUCAUCUGUGUAGGAACGGUGUACAGAUGUAUGAUUAUGUCACUCCUGCUCCUCCACCUAACACCUCCACUCCAAACUAAGUUUGCUCGGCUGCUUUGGUUCACUGAUCUAAAAAGAAAGUGCCCAGCCCAGCAGGAUGAAGAUGGGCCAUACGUCAAGAAGCCUCCAAAUGCCUUCAUGCUCUAUCUCAAAGAGCAGAGGCCAAAGGUCAUUGCUGAACUCAACAUCCCUGGAAAUGCAGCCGUAAAUGCAGUGGUGGGACAGAGAUGGAAGUCGCUUUCAAACGACCAGAAAGCCAGAUAUUUCAAGCAGGCUGAAACAGAAAGACAGAAUCAUGCCAAAGAGCAUCCAGCCUGGUCGACCAAAGAAAACUAUGUAUGUCCAACAAUAAUUUCAUUAUAGACGAUUGGACUGAUUUCAAUUGAAUUAAACUGUUACUCCUGUUAUUUCAACAUCUGUCUUUGUGUAAAUAAAUGAAAAAACAAACAAAA